CCCGCUCUCCAUUGUCUCAGCCCGAAAGCUGUCUCUCAAGCGAGCACGACCAUUUGGGAGCUUGUGUGCAUGUAAAUUAUUUAUUGUAUCAAUAAAAAUAUGCACACUGUAUAGGCUAAUCUGUACUCGGGCUCAAAUUCAUCUUCAGACAGAAACCGGGAUUUAAAGCAAGGACGAUCGGUUUUAAGCGAGGGUUGACAUCGGCUUUUAACUGUAUCCAUUUAGCUGUCUUUGAGACCCUCUGACACAGCACAUUCACCGUCCCCCAACCCCAGCCCCACCAUGCUGACUGGUCUGUUCCGUAUGCACGGCAUGCUGGUGGCCUCCCACCCCUGGGAGGUGAUCGUAGGCACUGUCACCCUGACCAUCUGCAUGAUGUCCAUGAACAUGUUCACCGGCAACGACCAGAUCUGUGGCUGGAACUACGACUGCCCCAAAAUGGAGGAGCUGGUUCUAAGCAGUGACAUCAUCAUUCUGACCAUCACACGGUGCAUAGCCAUCGUGUACAUCUACUUCCAGUUCCAGAAUCUACGGCAACUAGGUUCCAAAUAUAUUCUUGGUAUCGCUGGACUAUUCACCAUAUUCUCCAGCUUCGUAUUCAGUACUGUCGUGAUUCACUUCCUGGAUAAAGAGCUCACUGGCCUCAAUGAGGCCUUACCUUUCUUCCUGCUUCUGAUCGACCUCUCCAAAGCAUGCGCUCUCGCCAAGUACGCGCUCAGCUCUAACUCACAGGACGAGGUGCGCGACAACAUCGCCCGUGGCAUGGCAGUCCUGGGGCCCACGUUCACUCUUGAUGCCCUGGUGGAAUGCCUGGUGAUCGGGGUGGGCACCAUGUCAGGUGUACGACAGUUGGAGAUCAUGUGUUGUUUUGGCUGCAUGUCUGUCCUGGCCAACUACUUUGUCUUCAUGACGUUCUUCCCUGCCUGCGUCUCCCUGGUGCUAGAGCUGUCCAGGGAGAGUCAGGAGGGUCACCCCAUCUGGCAGCUGAGCCACUUCUCCCGCGUGAUGGAGGAAGAGGAGGAUAACAAGCCCAACCCUGUUACCCAGAGAGUCAAGAUGAUCAUGUCUCUGGGCCUGGUAAUGGUGCACGCCCACAGCCGUUGGAUCGCCGACCCUCUCUCCCUCAACUCCAACCUGGACGUCUCCCAGGUGGACUCCAUGUCCCUGGACAACCAUUUACCCAAGAGGAUCGACCCCGAGAGACCCCUCUGGCAGUUCUACAUGUCAAGGUUGGCCAGCAUGGAUAUAGAGCAGGUGAUCUGUCUGGGUCUGGCCCUGCUGCUGGCCGUCAAGUACAUCUUCUUUGAACAAGUAGAGCAUGAGUCCACCCUGUCUCUGAAGAGCCCCCUGUCCCAGGGGCCCGACCGUGCCCCCCGCUGGAGCACAGACCAGUGCUGCAGGAAGGAGGUUGCCCCUCCCCGCCCCCCCAAGUCCCCUCAGAUACCGCCACCCCCACACCCCCCGCCCUGGCUGAGGCCACCAAGGAGAGAGAGGUACGGCAGGAGGAACAAGACGUGGUGUUAUGGUGGUCUGGAAAGGACUCGAGAUCCGGCGCUGCCUACCCCGACCACCGAACCCCAGCCCACCUUCCGUCUGGGCUCUAUGGAGGAGGAGAGAGAGAAAGCAAGGCGGAGUGCCCCAGAGCAGAACCCUCCCAGCCAGCCUACCCUCAGACCCCAGACCAUUGAGGAGUGCCUGACCAUCCUGAAAACCCUGAGGUAUGGGUGUAUGAUGGGAGCCCGAUUCCUGAGCGAUGAUGAGGUGGUGGUUCUGGUCAACUCUAAACACAUCCCUUCCUACAAGCUGGAGACCAUGAUGGAGAGACCAGAGAGAGGGGUAUCCAUCCGUAGACACAUGAUCUCCUCCAAGCUCCCCAACUCCUCUGCCCUCUCCUCUCUGCCAUACCUAGACUACGACUACUCGAAGGUGAUGGGGACCUGCUGUGAGAAUGUGAUUGGAUACAUGCCCAUUCCAGUAGGCGUGGCCGGGCCUCUUCACCUCGAUGGGAAGCAGUUCCAGGUCCCCAUGGCGACCACAGAAGGCUGCCUGGUGGCUAGCACCAACCGGGGCUGUCGUGCUAUCUCCUUGGGUGGUGGUGCCAGCAGUCGUAUCCUGGCGGAUGGGAUGACCCGGGGUCCUGUGAUUAGGUGCCCGUCGGCCUGCCUGGCUGCAGAGGUCAAGGGCUGGCUGGAGAGCGACGACGGAUUCCAGGCCAUCAAGGACGCCUUCGACCACACCAGCAGGUUUGCUCGUCUGCAGAUCAUGAUUGGUCUCGCUGGUAGAAACCUUUACAUCCGCUUCCAGUCCAGAACAGGAGACGCCAUGGGAAUGAACAUGAUCUUCUAAGGUGGAACAGAGCAGGCUCUGGCCAGGUUACAGGAGCAGUAUCCUGAGCUGGUGGUUCUGGCAGUCAGUGGGAACUACUGCACCGACAAGAAGCCUGCAGCCAUCAACUGGAUCGAGGGCCGGGGAAAGUCUGCUGUGUGCGAGGCCACCAUCCCAGCUAAAGUGGUCAGAGAGGUGUUGAAGACCAGCACUGAAGCCCUGGUUGAUGUCAACAUUAACAAGAACCUAGUAGGAUCAGCCAUGGCUGGAAGCAUCGGCGGCUACAAUGCCCACGCAGCCAACCUAGUGGCGGCCAUCUACAUCGCCUGUGGCCAGGACCCAGCCCAGACGGUGGGUAGCAGUAACUGCAUCACUCUGAUGGAGACGUCAGGGCCUACAGGAGAAGACCUCUACAUCAGCUGUACCAUGCCCUCCAUAGAGUUGGGUACUGUAGGAGGAGGAACCAUCCUGGCACCACAGCAAGCCUGUCUGCAGAUGCUGGGGGUACAAGGUGCUAGUCAGGAGUGCCCUGGGGAGAACGCCAGGCAGCUGGCCAGGGUGGUGUGUGGCACGGUGUUGGCCGGUGAGCUGUCGCUCAUGGCUGCCCUCGCCGCCGGGCACCUCGUCAAGAGUCACAUGACCCACAACAGGUCCAAGGUAAACCUGCAGGAAACAACCCCAGGCACCUGUACCAAGAAGGCAUCUUGAGAUGUUAUGGAUCAUCAUGGUUCUCUGGGUGUUGGGGUUUCGAGAGGAGAGAGAGAGCCUGAGACCAACCCAACAACCGAGGACUUCUCUUCCCAGCACAAUAGAAGGGCUAAGUCCCAAAUGGCACCUUGUUUACAUUGAUAGGGCUCUAGUCAAAAGAAGGGCACUAAAAAGGAAAUAUGAUGCCAUUUUGAACACAGCCARGAACAAGGAGCAUCAUGUCUGGACAGAAACACAGAUACAUAUUGCAUAUUUAACACUAUUUCAUCAUGUUUUUUGAAAAACAUACUGUGGUCAUUCAAUGUGUUUUCCUCCUCUAACAUCAGUGUACUUAUCAUCAUGCCUCAUUGUGCUGGAAAGUGGAAACACAACGUCUGAAAUCAGACAGAUUUUCCCUCUCUGGAGUAUUUUUGUAUCGUGAAUGAACUUUUUAUUUUUUACUUUAAAGCAGUCGACUAUGAAGACUUACUCAUCACUGACAUGUAUAUGUUAGCACCAGGCUUUGUUUUUUUUAUUAUGCUUGGGUUGAAGGUUCGAUGCCCGAAGCAUUUUACUGGGUAGCUAAGAGUUGAGUAUAGCCACAGCAGAAGUGUGACACAACGGUGUAGAGCUCUGUUAGCCUGGUCCCAGAUCUGUUUGUGCUCUUGUCUAACUGUAUUGUCAUUGCCAAGCAUGUUUAGCAUGACAAUUCCAUACGGAGUUGGCAAGAGAGCAGAACCAGACUGGCACCCAGGCUGGAGUUCUGUACCGUAACAGAACUCAAAUUAUAGAUUGGCAAAUGUCUUCAAAGAAACAACGACAUUCAACGAAAGCUGGAGAUUGUAAAUGUGGAAAAAAAGUAUACCCAAACGUCUUGAUUAAUGUACUUGCAAAUUGUUUUAAUUGCCAAAUACAGCCUUCGUAACCUAGAAAAAGUAGUUCCCUAAAAACAAAGCUUUAGCCUAUUUCUCUUAUAAGAACUUGAGUUGUAAACAGUGUGUAAUGCUAGGGAGAAAAUGUAAAGAGACAUUUAGCACUUGUUAAGGUUCGAGAGACACUGGUGUGUACGCAGAUGAAGGUGCCAUAAUAAGCGAUGACGUUGGCUUUAGUGGGUAGAUGGGCCGUUGUUACUGUGGAAAAGAACAAUGUGAACAAGUGGCACUGACUGUACACGCAAGACAACUAACCGGUUUGGCUUCAAAUGUCUGCCACUCAUAAAAAUGGAUGCGGCCUCCUGUGUAACGAGCGACAGUAUGUACACUAUGUUCUGAUUCAAACCCAUGUCUUUGGAUGGUCAGAAACGGCUGUUUUAAACCCAUGUCUUUGGAUGGUCAGAAACGGCUGUUUUAAACCCAUGUCUUUGGAUGGUCAGAAACGGCUGUUUUAAACCCAUGUCUUUGGAUGGUCAGAAACGGCUGUUUUAAACCCAUGUCUUUGGAUGGUCAGAAACGGUGGGGAAAGGGAAACCAUUCAUGGUUGAUUGUGUGAGUCACAGACUGCUGGUUUGUCCACAUUUCUAAUGGCGAAUGUGGAGAUCUGAUCUGAGCAUUAUACUUCUUUAGUCAAUAAUGCACAUAUAUUUUGUAAUAAAAAAAGGGAAUUUACAAUAAAAAUGUUCAAUAGAAAACAAA